UAAAACAUUCUCUCGUAAUUCAUAAAUUUGAAUCAAGAUUUUAUUUAAAAGAACCAAGUGGUUACACCCCCAAUUAGAUCCAUACGUCCUGACGCACUGACAAUUAACAGAAUGAAGAAUCUGCUAUUCGUCAGUUUCACUUAUGGCGGCGCAAGAGACUGCGGUAAAUGAUGUCUGCUUCAGUCUGCGACACGACCGGGCAAAUCAGGAACCUCGUACAGGGUCUCUCCUCCCUUUCCCAGCUCCGGCCUCUUCAUGCCGCCCUCCUCCGCCACGGCCUUGAACAGGACCCCUUCCUCCUCGGCCCCAUCCUCCGCUUCGCCUUCGGCCUCGGCCGCACCUGCUACCCUCUCCUUCUCUUUCAUCAGAUCAAACGCCCCAGCGUCUUCCUCUGCAAUACCGCCAUCCGCGGCCUCGUCUCCAGCGACCGCUUCUCUGAUGCCAUACAGCUCUACCACUCCAUGCGGAGUCGUCAUAACCUCCUCCCCAACAACUUCACACUCCCCUUCGUCCUCAAGGCCUCCGCUCGGUCCUCGGAUUCCGUCCUCGGGGUCAAGUUGCACGCGCUGGUGUCGAAGCUUGGGUUCGAUCGGGAUGUCUUCGUGCAGACGGGUUUGAUCAGUUUGUAUGCAAAGUGCGGGCUCCUCGAGGAUGCGUGCAAAGUGUUCGAUGAAAUUCCCGAUAAGAACACGGUAUCAUGGACUGCCAUCAUCACGGGGUACAUGGACUCCGGGAUGUUCCGGGAAGCCGUCGAUAUGUUCCACAGGCUUCUCGGUUCGGGCAUGAAGCCUGACGGUUUUACACUUGUGCGGGUACUUUCUGCCUGCGCCCACCUGGGGGACUCGGCCACCGGGGAGUGGAUGGAUCGGUACGUAACCGAGGAGAGCGGGACGGGAAGGAAUUUAUUUCUUGCAACCGCAUUGGUGGACAUGUAUGCAAAGUGCGGGGACAUGGAGAAGGCCCGUGGUGUCUUUGACUCGAUGCCAGAGAAGGACAUAGUCUCAUGGAGCGCGAUGAUUCAGGGCUAUGCAUCCAAUGGGCUUCCCAUGGAAGCCCUCGACAUGUUUUAUCGGAUGCUGGAUGAGAAUAUGAGACCCGAUUGCUAUGCCAUGGUCGGGGUGCUCAACGCCUGUGCAAGGCUUGGAGCACUGGGGUUUGGUGAGUGGGCCUGUGAUCUGAUGGGCCGGGACGAGUUCCUCGAUAAUCCGGUAUUGGGCACAGCGCUGAUCGACAUGUAUGCCAAGUGUGGGGCUAUGGCACGGGCCUGGGAAGUCUUCCAAGAGAUGAGGAAGAAGGACCAGGUGGUGUGGAACGCAGCCAUCUGUGGCCUUGCCAUGAACGGCCAUGUGCAGGCCGUUUUUGGGCUAUUUGGUCUCAUGGAGAAGUUCGGGAUCAAGCCCGAUGGGAACACGUUCAUGGGCUUGCUCUGUGCGAGCACCCAUGCCGGUCUCGUCAGCGAGGGGCGCCGGUACUUCUACGGCAUGGCUCGCAUGUAUUCCAUUUCUCCGACGAUUGAGCAUUAUGGUUGUCUAGUCGAUCUCCUCGGCCGGGCAGGUCACUUAGACGAGGCACACAGGUUGAUUAUAAGUAUGCCAAUGGAGGCUAAUACUAUCGUCUGGGGAGCUCUGCUCGGAGGGUGUCGAAUGCAUCGAGACACCCAGCUGGGUGAAUACACGCUCAAAAAGUUAAUCGAGUUGGAGCCAUGGAACUCAGGCAAUUAUGUGCUCUUAUCGAAUAUCUACUCUGCGACCCGUCGAUGGGACGAUGCAGCGGAAAUCAGGUCUAGAAUGAACAGUGAGGGGAUCCAGAAAGUGCCUGGGUGCAGUUGGGUCGAAGUAGGUAGCACUGUCCACGAGUUUCACGUCGGGGACAAGUCUCAUCCAUCCUCGGAGAAGAUAUAUGAAAAGCUCAACAAGCUGGCUAGGGAAAUGAAAGCGCUAGGUUAUGUCCCGACCACAGAGUUUGUGUUGUUCGACAUAGAAGAGGAGGAGAAGGAGCAUUCCCUCGGUUGGCACAGCGAGAAGCUUGCGGUUGCCUUCGCCCUGAUAAGUACCGAGGAUAAUGAGGUCAUUCGGGUGGUGAAGAACCUCAGGGUGUGUGGCGACUGCCACGAGGCGAUGAAGCUCAUCUCGAGGAUUACAGGGAGGGAGAUCAUCGUCCGGGACAACAACCGGUUCCAUUGUUUCCGAGACGGUUCUUGCUCGUGUAAGGAUUAUUGGUGAUGCCGAGGUAUUAGCAUUCAGAUAACCGGUCUAGAACAGAUUAAAUCACAGUCAUCGCAGACAAUUUGGAUCGCUCUACCAAAUCAACAUUUCGCCCGAGCAAUGAAUUGAUACCAGAUGGUUUAAACGCCCAAGAUUGCAAUCCUAGUUGGUAGCUGGCCCAUAUCAUGUUUUGGACACACAUAUACGGGGUCGAUGCAAGAGUUGAUUUUAUGUAGCGUACAACAGUCACAUUAGAUGUCAGUGAAAUUUUAUUUUAUUCAAAUAUUAAUUAAUAUUGUAGUAAAAUUCCUCUAA